GUUCAAAUUCGCUAUAUCGAGACCAAUUUAAUAAUUCAUGAAUUAUUUUGAUAAGUUAUCGCAAUUUUAAUAAGUCAGUCCGUCCGAAGCUUACUACAGUAGUGAAUGAUGUCGGAUGAUGCAGAGCAACAGGCGGAGGAGAUUGAGGUGCUGAAAUCAAUUUAUGAAGGCGAUGAAAAUUUCAAGCAAGUUGAUUCAAAAACAUACCAAUACAAGUACAUAGAUGGAGAAAAAACAUUUAUAUUAGAGAUAAUAUGGGGACCCACAUAUCCUACGGAGAAACCUAGUUUUAAUUUAGAUAUUUUCUACAAUCAAAAUCUAUUACCAUCGGUCAAGGAGAAUAUACUUUCAAUAGUUAAUGCGGAGGCGGACCAGUGGGUCGGUUGUGCGAUGACUUAUACUAUAUUUGAAGGCCUCAAAGAGAAAGUUAAAGAAAUUCUAGAAGCACAAACAGAAGAAGCAGUCAUAGCCAGAGUUGAGAAGAUUACUAUCGCAGAUCAGAAUGAAUCCAAGAAGCCGGAGAAGAAAGAACAGCUGAGUAAGGCCCAGAAGCGGCGUGCAUGGGACAGAGCUGAGAUCGGUCGAGCCGGAGAGAAACCCCGCGGCUGGGAUUGGGUGGACAUUGUCAAACAUCUGUCACAGGCGCCCCACACACCCUCGUGACAAUAAAUGUCACUUUGACAGUUGACAUGUCGGUCGAUAGCAUUUCAGAACAUUGACAAUCGAAUUCUGUAGUCAUAUCAUUUCUCUGCUUUCAAUACAAAAAAUACAGAUUAUAAAAUAUUCCGUUUUUAUCAUGAUCCGAAAUCGGCUGUUUAUUUUAGAACUUCCUGUAUUGUUAUCUGUAUGGCUGUACUAAUAAAAGUUUCUGGUCUCGUUAAAAAUUAAACCUUAUUAUUUAUUAAUUUAAACGUGUAUAAUGUGUUGCUUCAAAAUGCGUACAUUAAAAAAGUACAGAUAGAUUUUGAAAACAGCCUUAUGUUGAAGUUAAAAAGAGCUUGCACAAAUACAUAAUAAAAUGAUUGUUUUUUCGAUUGGUAAGUCACAUGUAAUAUAUUGAAAUAUAGAAUAUUUUAAUAAAAAACAAAGCUUUAUAAAGUCUCCCUAGAUAUAUGAUCUUUGGUAACUGACGGGGUUUAUUGUCAUCUCAAUUAAAUCUUAAUAAACUAUUGUUUAGA